CUGCAACAAAUUAUCGUUCUCUUUCUGGCCUUGAUCUCUUACGAACAUGAAGCCAUAGCAGAUUGGGAACUACCAUACACUUCCUUUCUGUUCCCAGUAAACAAACACACCGACGCUGCUCAGCCUGUGUAUAGCAUUACGAUCAUGACACCAUAUGUAAACAAUACAUUCCAGAAUCCGAAAUUUCUAAUAGACAUCGAUGCUCCUUUCACAUGGCACGAUUGCCUCCUGUUAUGGAACAGGUAUGGAGAAAAUAUUUGCCCAAGCAACAAGCUUUGUACCUCUCCUGUUUCUUGCGAGGAAUACCAAUGUACCGAUGUUCGGACUACUUACUCUUAUCAUGCUCCUUCAUGCCCCGCAGUAACUAACAGCUACACGUUACCUGGUUGGGGACUUUGUACAUGCCCUGUCAAUGUGAUCAAUCCUGUAACUGGGAUAUGUAGUCAUGCGGAGCUCAACUUUGAUACUUUUGAAGCAAACACAAGUGAUGGAAGAAACCCUUUUCCUUUUUACCAAGACAUUAUAGUUAAUGCUGCAUGUGCUCCUUCUACAUCUUUCGAAUCAUUCCCUGUAAAUGUUACUGGUGUUAUGGCGUUUUCGACCUCCCCUUAUGCGUUACCAGCUUCUUUCUUUCAGUCAGAGCUCAAAACAAGCCUCGCUCUAUGUUUGCCUAGCAACUCGUCUUCUCCUGGGAUUUUAUUCUUUGGGUCUGGUCCUUUUUACCUUCUUCCACACUCAGAUGUUGAUGUAAGAAGUUUGCUUUCAUAUACACCGUUGUUAAAGCAUCCAGAUUCUUUUGGAUACUUUCUAGGUGUCGAUGAUAUUAUAAUCAGAGGGAGAUCUCUUAACAUCUCCGGGAAUAUGACUACUAAGCUUAGUACAACUGAGCCUUACACCACACUCAGAACUGAUAUUUAUGAUCGCAUGGUUCGGAGGUUUUCAAAGGUUACAAAACGAAUGCCUCUUACAAGCCCAGUCGCACCAUUUGGACUUUGUUUCAGGACCUUGAAGAAUGAAACUGGAGAUCGUUUGAAGGUUCCUGAGAUUGAUUUGAGUCUCCGGAAUGGAAAGAAUUGGACUAUAUCCACUGCUAACUCAAUGAAACGAAUAACAAAUGAUGUUGCAUGUCUUGCCUUUGUUGACGGGGGUGUAAGAAGUGAACAUGGGAUUGUGAUAGGAACCUUUCAGUUGGAGGAUAACUUCGUACUUCUCGAUCUACAAAAUUCUACUAUAGGUUUCAGUUCGUCCUUACUGACUAAAGAGACAUCUUGUGCAAAUUUCAACUUUACUAAUAGUUAA